AUGCCUCACAAAGCUCGUGAUUCAACAUCAAAAAAAUCAGCAAACAGUCCAACACCCUCUUUACCAGAAAUCAGACCUCUUUUCUCAGUUUCACAAGAUCUUGUCCCUUUGUACUAUAAACUGAACGAUCCAGAUUAUUCUCAAGACUUUUAUCUUAAAGCCCAAGCAACUUACUCUAAGAGAAUUGAUAAAAAUGUAUAUACCAAUGGUUUAAUUCGAUUUGGCAGGUUCCCUGGAGUCCUCCCCAACGUUGCUCAUAAGCUUUUUUGGAAACCUGUUAUUCUAAUUGAUAACUUUGAAAUUCAAGACGGCGGACGCAAUCAUAAUGUUUUAACACAGCACAUUGGAGAAAUGUUUGUGGACCGUGUUUUACCAUUUAUCAACUUUUACUACGAUAAAGCAUUCACCACUAGUAUUAUCGGUAUCAGAGAAGUUAUUGAUGAUACUGAGUGGCAAGAUACUAUAACAAACAGCAAUGUUGUUUUUUCCUUGAUUAUUGUUUACUACCCCAAUUCAAAACUUCAUAAACUUUACGCUGUCGCCUUAAAAAACAGUAUACUCCUAUGUGAAUCAGUUUAUCGAUUUCAAUACAAUAAGCACCUUUCAGACCUUUAG